GCGUUUUGUUUGUGUUUUGAUUGAGAAGAAAUUUUGUGAAAACAGCAAUAUCUUUAUUGUUAUCGUAUUGCUUACUUCGAAUAACUUUGAAUGCAGAUUUCUGUACUUAAAAAUUAAGAGUACCUUUAUCGUGAGUCUCAAGUCGACUUUCAUUGAUAAAAAAAAUCAUGAUAUGUUGAUCAUGUAUGUCAUAGCUUCAAUAUUUGGAGGGUAUAUUGCCUCUUCAUUAAUACUUUUCAAAUUUCCAAAUCUCAUUCACAAGCGGAAAAAACUCAAGUUUUUUUGUCAGCACAUAAGUCAUAGAGGUGGAGCUGGUGAAUAUACUGAAAAUACAAUUUCUGCAUUUGAAAAUGCAGUGAAACAAGGAACAGAUAUGUUAGAAAUUGAUUUGCAUUUAACUAAGGAUGAGAAAGUUGUUGUUUCACAUGAUAAUAAUCUGUUUCGAGUAACUGGUAUAGAUGUUAACAUAUCAGAUUCAAAUUAUAAGGAUUUGCCUCUUUUGAAAUGCCAUAUGAAUAAGGAUCUCUGCAAAGGUGAUUCUGGUAAAGAAAAGAAAAUACCUUUACUAAGAGAUGUUUUUGAAAAAUUCCCACGAAUAGCAAUAAAUAUUGAUAUCAAAGUGAAUAAUGAUAUUUUGAUAUCAAAAGUUAAUGACCUUAUUAAAGAAUACAAUCGUGAAAAUAUCACUGUGUGGGGGAACUUCAGCAAUGAUGUUACUAAAAAGUGUUACAAUCUGAAUCCUCAGAUUCCUAUUUAUUUUUCUGCUAAAAGAGUUUUGUUUCUUGUAUUUCUAACCUAUAAUGGAUUACUGCCUUUUGUACCUUUGAGAGAAUCAUGCUUGGAGUUGCUUAUGCCAUCCGUCAUUCUUAAAAAUCCAAGUAUGAUGAUUUCACGUGAUAAAUUUUGGAGUCCUUACCUUGUAUGGUUAAUAGAUAAGUUACUAAUGAGGAAGGCUUUAUUUGAUCACCUUUCUAAACGAGGGAUACAGACUUAUCUUUGGGUUCUGAAUGAUGAAGAGGAUUUUGAACGGGCCCUGGAACUUGGAGCAACAGCUGAUGCAUAAUAUUUCAAUGGAUCAUUCCAGAACUGUUCAGGAUAUAUUGCUUUAUCAAGCAUGUGUGUACAGGAAACUUUGUAGUUAUAGUGAGUUUAUGUAUAUGUUUAUGAAUGUGCAAUCAUUCAAACCAAGCUUCCAAUGCAGGUUUCUGGUUAUCUAUCUUUUUAAUGGAUACUUCAAUCAUUUUUGAUCUUUUAUUAAUGUUUUUAAAAAAACGCUUGCAACAUUAAUUUUUAUUAUGAAUUUUCUUUUUAUUUAAUGUAGAUCUUUGUAUCGUCUGAUAAGUGCAUAUAUUGUAAGA